AAGUGUCAACGCGUGAACAUGGCCGACGGCGCGACCGACGGCCAGCCGCACCACCAACAACACCGCCAUCCGCAGGACGCACGCCGCCAGCCACCGCCACAGCCGCAUCAGCCGCAGCCGGUGCAGUCGCAGCGAGUGCAGUGCAACGCGUCCGCCACGAUGCGCGUGGCGAGCAACGGGCCGCGUGUCGUCACCAUCAACAAAACUGAGACGGGGUUCGGUUUCAACGUGCGCGGCCAGGUGAGCGAGGGCGGCCAGCUACGCAGCAUCAACGGAGAACUUUACGCCCCCCUGCAGCAUGUCAGCGCUGUCUUGGACCAAGGCGCUGCCGAGCAAGCCGGAAUCCGCAAGGGCGAUCGCAUUCUCGAAGUGAAUAGUGUGAAUGUCGAGGGUGCUACGCACAAACAAGUCGUCGAUCUUAUCAAAUCCGGUGGAGAUGUUCUCACACUUACUGUUAUCUCAGUUACGCAGCAGGAAGCCGAAAGGCUGGAGCCGUCCGAAGAGCACCAGGGCUAUACGUACAUGGACUACAGCGAGAAGCGCUCGCUGCCCAUCUCGAUACCCGACUACAAUUACAAUGAACGCGGCGGUGAGCGCUAUGUCGCCUUCAAUAUCUACAUGGCGGGGCGGCAUCUGUGCUCGCGGCGCUAUCGUGAAUUUGACCAGCUGCAUCAGGACCUCAAGAAGGAGUUUGUCGGGUUUACGUUCCCGAAGCUGCCGGGAAAGUGGCCGUUUAAUCUCAGCGAGCAGCAGCUGGAUGCACGCCGUCGUGGGUUAGAGCAGUAUCUUGAGAAGGUGUGCGCCAUCAAGGUUAUUGCGGAAAGCGAUGUCAUGCAGGAGUUUCUUACUGAUCAUGAUGAUGAGUCGAAUAGCAAUCCUGUUGAUUUAAAGGUUUUGUUGCCAGACCGUGAAGUAAUUACGGUAACUGUGAAGAAGAGCGCGAAUGCAGAUGAGGUUUAUGCGGCUGUAGUGAAGAAAGUGGGAAUGAACAAGCAGAUUGCCAAAUAUUUUUAUUUAUUUGAAAUUGUCGAAUAUAAUUUUGAGCGGAAAUUGUUGCCUUCUGAUUACCCGCACAAUUUCUACAUUCAAAACUACACCACAGCGACCAGUACCUGUUUGUGCAUCCGGAAAUGGCUGUUUUCCAUCCCUAAAGAAUUAACGUUGAUGUCGGAUGCUCUCGCUACUUCAUACAUCUUUUGGCAGGCUGUGGAUGAAGUAAAUCGCGGUUAUAUCCAAGCCGGCGAACGCCUCUAUCAGUUGAAAGCCCUCCAGGAUCAAACACGCGCCACCGAAUAUCUGCGACUGGCGCGUGAGCUUGCCGGCUACGGCGAGGUGGUGUUCCCGCACUGUGGAUGUGAUUCGCGAAAAGGUGGCCACGUUAUUGUCAGUGUGGGCACGGUAGGCAUCAAACUACACGCGUGUCGCGAAGAUGGCACUCUCGAAAGUCAGGUGGUCGAGCUCGCUUGGGACUCAGUCGCACAAUGGGAAGUCGACGACGAGGCGAUGGCGUUCUGCCUAAAAUAUAAUCGCGCUGAUAAAGCGCCGAGAUGGGUUAAAGUGUUUACGCCUCAUUACCUGUACUUGAUGGACUGCUGCGAACGAAUAAUGGAAGAAAGCAAGUGGGUCGACACCGGCGAGAGAAUAGGCAACUGAAUAGCAUAAGAAUCUCGCGUAACGCGCGCUCUAAAUCACAUACUUCACUCCUCACCUAGUUAGGGCAUACACUUUUCUCCCCUUCAGAGGGAUGCCAAUGAUUGUAUAUUGUUAUCGAUAAAGACAAGAGAAAAACGAAGGUAAUAAUGAACAGAACACAGAAGACGAUGGUCUGUUUCACGUAGAUUGUAAUGUUUAAUUGUAUAUCAUGUCAUUUCCACUACGAUUGCUAAGACAUUUCGGACAUAACGCAAUUUUUCAAACCCACUUCGGUAACGAGGUGAAAUUCUAAGACUAAGAAUGUGUUACUAGUGUGUGGUAGUUACUGGUUAAUAGUUAGCACAAGUAUUAUCUCCUCUACUUGAAAAUUGUUUAUUUGUUUGAUUGUUUUUCAUGCAACUUAAGUGUUACUUGUGAUAGAAAUAUUUAAAUUGAUUGGAUAUUCUAACAAUGGGGAGGAAGAGAACACACACACACUAAGCAAAGUAAUUAAAUUUAAUGAAAAAGAACUUUAUUAUAUAGGUAAAUAAAUUGUGUACAAUUGUGUAAUGUUGUACAUGAACAGAUAGGCGUAAAAUUAUCAAGCAUACUAUAUUGUAAGCAUAACUAUUAGGUGUUAGAAAUCAUUCAUAUAUGUUUAACAAUGCAAACAAGAUACACAAAACAAAGAGAUUCUGUAAAGUAUUAGCAAAACUGGAACGGGAGAAUUCCGGAGGAACGUUACGUCAUAUAUUCUAUUAAGUUUUAUUAUAAUUUUGCUCAAGAGAAAUGCGUGCGACGAGUAGACUCACGCGAGGCGCUAUUUAUGCAGUAAUUAGAUAAAUGUAAUGUAAUGUACUGAAAGUACAGAGCUGUGCGAAAGUCGAGUGAUGCGAUUGUCGAUAGCAGGACACUGCCAUAGUAUUGUAAUUAAUAAAGCGCGCUUGUGCGCUAGGCGGAAGGAUCGUGAUUGACCCGAGAGCAAUCAUCACAAUGUGCUGCGUCCACCUGGCACAUACACAUUGGACAUAUUAACAUUCACACAACACACACACAAACACCAUGCAUUAAUUGAUUAGUGAAUAAUUUUGCCGCCUUUUUUGCGAUUGGUUGCGCAUAAUCAAACCGAGUGUAAGAGACGUCGUGCAAACAAAUGCAAUAUAGAGUAAAUUAAGUACUUCUCGAUUCGUACACAUGUACAUACAUAAUCUGGCAUUUGGUUGGGAAAGCGUCGUUGCGCCGGCGAUAAACUACCUGAUGAUACAUGGUGUCUUAAAAAACGAUUUUCGCAUUUUUGUUGUUAAGUUUCGAGAAUGAAAAUGUUUAUUGUGAUAUUUAUCCCUUAUAGCUUUACAUUACAAUAAAUGAUAACUAUUGUAAAACUCUAA